GACCCCGGGUGGGUGUGGCCAAGGUCUGUCGGGCUGGAAGGGCAAGUUGGAACCAAGUGAAGGGAACACCAGUCUUUCUUUCUUGGUUUUGCGUCGAGGAGCGUAACAACACACGACAGGCAACAUGAGCAGGUGUUUAAUUAGCCAGCUGGAGGUGCAGAGCUUCAUCGAGAGUUGCAUGAUGGCGGUGGGCACCAAGCAGCAUCAUGCCCGCAGCCUGGCACAGGUUCUGGUGGAGGGCGACCACAGGGGUCACUACAGCCACGGACUGAACAGGAUGGACAUGUACGUGAAAGACGUUCAGACUGGAAUCUGCGCCAAGGAUGGGGAGCCGGUUGUGGAUAAGGAGAGUCCCGCCACGGCGCUAGUGGACGGGAGGAACCUUCUGGGACCUGUGGUGGGGAACUUCUGCAUGGAUCUGGCCAUCAAGAAGGCCAAAGAAGUGGGGAUCGGCUGGGUGGUUGCGCACGGCUCCAACCACUAUGGCAUCGCCGGUUACUACGCCAUGCAAGCUCUGAAGGAGAACAUGAUCGGAAUGGCCUUCACCAACACAUCCCCUCUGGUGGUCCCCACACGUGGUAAAGAGUGCACCUUAGGCACCAACCCCCUUAGUGUGGCAGCACCAUCCAAAGAUGGCGACAGCUUCGUCCUGGACAUGGCCACAUCUGCGGUCGCCCUCGGAAAAGUGGAGCUGCACGAGCGUCGUGGCGACACUAUCCCCGAGGGAUGGGGGUGCGACGCCCAGGGCAAGAUCACUGCCGACCCCAAGAAAGUUCUGAGCGGAGGGGGCUUGGUUCCCAUCGGCGGCAGCGAGGCCACAGGAGGGUACAAAGGUUACGGACUGGGAAUGAUGGUCGAGGUGUUCUGCGGUAUACUGGCCGGUGCCAAGUACAGCAAUCACAUCCGCAGAUGGAAAAUGACCGAAAGGGUUGCAGACCUGGGUCAGUGUUUCGUGGCAAUCAACCUGGAGAACUUCGCUCCCGGGUUCACCGACCGCAUGGCGGACCUCCUGGCCAUCCAUAGAGGACUGGACCCUGCUGAGGCCGACGCUCCCGUUCUGACCGCCGGAGAUCCCGAGAGGGCCAACAUUGCCAAGUGCGAGAAGAUGGGCGGCAUCUCCUACCACGUCAAUGUCGUCAACUACAUGAAUGAAUGCGCCAAGAAGGUGGGGGUCAGUCCUCUGCUGCCUUGUGACAAAAUCAUUCCAGAGUAAAAAUGACCAUUUGGAUUUUAAGACAUCGUCUGAGCUUCUUUUGAGUGUCCUCGUCAGUGCCGGCAGCCUGGUUGGUGGUGGUGGUGGUGUUGUUGUUGUUGUUGUUUUUUUCAAGACUGCGACCAAAUGAAACCUAUUCUUUCUGUGGUGUCUGAAGACAAGAAUCACCAAAUUGCGUGAAAUUACGUUUUAGUCAUAUUUAGUGUGUCUUGCAUACUAAUAUAAUGCAACAUGUUACUUUGACCACACAUUGUGCACCUUUCUUUUCCUUUGACUACUUUACGUGUCUCGAUUUGACGACUGAGCAAAUGAAGACUAAAAGUUGCCUCUGCAUACUGUCCAACACUUGACAACUCAUUGAGCCAACGCCAUUACAAAUGUGUGACUGCACUGUGAAAGUGCCCAUGUGAUGUUUUUAAGACAGGACAUCUGUUUUAAUUGAAUGAAGAGACUGUUUCAUAUAACACACACUGUAUAUACAGUAUGCUGUAUAAAGACCUUUGCCUGCAAUAUUUCAAGUGCCUUAGUAUUACAAGUAAAAAGUCAUGUUAUGUAACA